AUGGCAACCCGUUCCCGGCCACCCUCUCGAGCCCGCUCCCCUAUUGAUCAGGGGGAGCUGGGACCCUUCCUUCCGCCAGCCUCCCCUGAGCUCGGCAAAGUCUCACUCGAGCGGGUCAUCCGCCUCCUCUGGGGACUCCAAUCCCAAGUCGAUCGCAUUGAUCGGACCCUCUCGGAGCAAGCCGAAGUUAGCCGAGAGGUUCGGACCAAUGUCGAGAAUAUCUCACAAGCGGUUGAUACUGUCAAGGAUGGGCUUGCCCAACUCCAGCAACCCCGGGGUCCCCACACCCCAGAAGAACAAAAACCCCCCGCGGUCGAGGAAACUCCCAGGGCCGCGCCCAAAGCCGAGCCUAUUAGCAAGGCUCAAUCAUCCCUUGGGGCCCCAGCCCCUAUCUUCUCCACAGGGGCCCCUAGGCGCGACCCCCUCACCUUGUUUAACCCCUAUCCCUCCUCUUCCUUCCCUUCUGGACCGGCUCCAGCCCCCCAGGGACCUCCACCAGCGCCUGUCAUCACCCCGGCGCAGCCUCCAGCCCCCUCCACUGUAAAGGUGGAUCACCCCAAUGCCUUCAAAGGCAAGAUUGGCUCGGAGGCCAAGCAAUGGCUGACUCGUAUGUUAGCCUGGGUUUGUCUCAAUCAGAGGCAGUUCCCCUCGGACUUGGAGGUCCUCAGUUUCCUCCUCAUGAACAUGGAGGACGCCGCAGGGGCCUGGGCCCAUCCCCAUUUGGACCAACUAGGGUCCCACCGCGCACUCAUCCAGACCGUGGAUGAGUUCAAAGUUGAAUUCCUGGCUGCAUUCGGAGACCCGGACGCAACCAGAGCAGCGGAGCGGAAGAUCACUUCCCUCACCCAGACCGGCACCUGUGCCAAAUACAUUACUAAGUUCCGCACGCUGCAAAUGGAACUUGACUGGAACGACGCCGCACUCCGCGGCCAAUUUGCGCGAGGACUUCACUGGGAGGUCCGCAGACAAAUUGCCACGAGGGAAAGGCAACCCCGUACCCUGAGGGAGCUGCAAGACGCUGCCCUCAUCAUUGACAAUGCCCUCCGCAAGGAGCGAGCCAGCCACCCGCAACAGGGUAAUAAGUCUGGUAAAACUUCUUCCACCCCCGACCAGGGGGCAAGUACCGGCCAACAGGCCACCAAAACCGGUCCCCUCUCCUCCAAUCCCAACUACGUCUUGGAGGAAGAACGCAACCGCCGCCGCGCAGAAGGUCUCUGUGUCAAAUGCGGCAAGCCAGGGCAUAAAUUUGCCGAAUGUAGGACCGGAUGGAAGGCCACCCCAAAGGAGGAUAAGGGGAAGGCCAAGGAAACCGCCAAGAUUGGCAAAGACUCUGAGUACCAAUCGGGAAAAGAAAAUACACCCCUCUUCACAAUUCCGAUCAAACCAGAGAAACAAGCGGAUAACUUAGAAGUCCUGAUAGACUCAGGCGCUACCUCAUCUUUUCUUCACCCACGCACAGCCAAGGCGCUACGACUACCUCUAAUAGACCUCCCUUCCCCACGCACCGUUACUAUGCUCGAUGGGUCGAGCCCCCAGGCAGGCAAAAUCUGGAAAAAGGCAGUAUUGACUUUCACCUACGAUGGCAAAAAGAUGACGGAAACCUUCCUCAUCUGUAACACCGGCAAUCAUGCAGCCAUCUUAGGUUUGAAAUGGUUAGAUGCUCACAAUCCGGAAAUCGACUGGAAUACACGCACCCUUUCCUUUCCCCACAUCGCACCGGAACAAGUAGCCAUUGCCAAGGAGGAAGAAGCAGACAAGAACCCCCUUGAAGGAGUACCCCCCGAAUACCACCAAUAUGCCAAGGUAUUUGGAGAAGAAGAAUUCAACAAGCUUCCUCCCCACCGGCAUUACAAUAUUGGCAUAGAGCUCACGGAAGAAGGACCCCUCAACUCCCCUCUUUACAGCAUGACAGACGCCGAGUCGGCCACACUUAAGGAUUGGCUCAGGGACGAGUUGAAAGCUGGGAAGAUCCGUCCUAGCAAGUCUUCCAUUAGCUCCCCGGUUAUGUUCGUACCCAAAAAGGAUGGUUCCCGUCGACUCGUAGUAGACUAUUGUCGCCUAAACAACCGGACAAAAAAGAACGUCUACCCGUUACCCCGUCCAGAUGAUCUCAUGGCCCAGCUUCGCGGCGCCAAGGUCUUCACCAAGCUAGACCUAAGAUGGGGUUACAAUAACGUCCGUGUCAAAGAAGGUGACGAAUGGAAAACGGCUUUCCGUACCAAAUAUGGUCUAUACGAAUCCCUGGUAAUGACCUUUGGCUUGACUAAUGCUCCCGCGGCCUUCCAACACUUCAUGAACGAACUGUUCAAGGAUCUAUUGGAUGUAUGCGUCAUCAUCUACCUCGAUGACAUCCUCAUCUACUCAAAGGAUGACGCAACCCACACCCAGCACGUCCAUGAGGUCCUACAACGUUUAAUGAAGAACCAGUUGUUCUGUAAGGCAUCCAAGUGUACAUUCCACGUCACAUCAGUGGAAUAUCUGGGAAUAAUUGUAUCGGACAAGGGAUUCAGCCUGGAUAAGCUCAAAAUCCAGGCAGUCCAAGAAUGGCCCACGCCCACUAAAGUCAAAGAAGUACAAUCGUUCCUAGGCUUUGCCAACUUCCUACGCCGCUUUGUUGCCAAUUUCAGCCAUAUGGCACGACCCCUACACAACCUGGUUAGAAAGGACACACCCUGGAAAUGGGAAGCCAAGGAGCAAGAAGCAUUUCAAGGACUGAAAGAUGCCAUUACAAACGCCCCUGUAUUAUGCCAUGCCGAUCCCACCAAGCCUUACUUCCUCGAAACAGACGCAUCUGGUGCUGCCCUGGGCUCUAUACUUAGCCAACGCCAAGAAGACGGACGCCUCCACCCUCUCGGCUUCCUCUCCGAAUCAUUCAAAGGGGCUGAGCAAAAUUACAAUACGCACGAUAAAGAGCUUCUGGCAAUUAUUCGCUCCUUUGAGUACUGGCGGAUAUUCCUAGAGGGCACCGCACACCCCAUCACCGUCUUCACAGACCACCGUAACCUGGAAUACUGGAAGGAAUCCCGAACGUUCAACCGCCGCCAUGCCAGAUGGCACCUACUACUUGCCGGGUAUAACUUCCAGAUUGUGUACCGCCCCGGCAAACAAUCCGGUAAACCAGACGCUCUAUCACGCCAAUCCGACCAUGCAGACAUUCCACCCGAACCACAGCCCAUGCUCCCUGACCCUGUAUUCGCCAAUGUCGCCUUAGUAACACCCGAAAAGGAACUCCAGCGCCAGAUUGAAGCCGCCCUAGACCAAGACAAAUCUUUGGAGGAAAUCCUCCAAUUCCUACAAAAUGAGUCCAAGGCGCCCCCCUCCAUCAAACGCGCCUUCAAGGAUUACGAGAUGGAAGCCGGUUUACUCUUCUACCAGGGACGAAUCGUAGUUCCGGACGUUGGAACUCUGAGAACGGACCUACUGCGCAUUUUCCACGAUAGUCCAUUGGCAGGACAUCCCGGCAGACAACGCACUCUAGAGCUAGUAUCAAGAAACUACUACUGGCCUGGUAUCCGCUCCGACACGUACUGGCACGUGGAUUCCUGUGAGAUUUGUCAACGGAUCAGGAAACCAAAGUACGCUUCGAUCCCUCCACAGCCGCUUGAGAUCCCAUCUAGACCAUGGCAACACGUCUCCUAUGAUAUGAUCGUAGACUUACCAAAGGACGGGAACCACGAUUCCAUCCUGGUCAUAGUAGACAGUUUCACCAAAUACGGGAUCUUUGUCAAAUGCUCCAAGAAACUAAAAGCGCCCGAGCUAGCAGAGUUAUUCCUGGAACACGUAUGGAAACGCCAUGGAAUGCCAGAAAAGACAAUAUUGGACAGAGGAAGGGUAUUCAAUAAUAAAUUCCUACGGGCUCUUUACAAACGUCUAGGAAUUGAUCCGCACUUCUCAUCGGCUUACCACCCUCAGAGCGACGGCCAAACGGAACGAGUCAACCCCUCCAUUGAACACUUCCUUAGAGCGUACUCAGGGGUUAAUCAAAGGGACUGGACCAAAUGGCUUCCUAUGGCAGAGUUUGCAUAUAACAACGCCGUACACAGCAGCACGGGCAAGACUCCCUUCAAAGCCUUAUAUGGAUGGGAACCCACCCUGACACCGUCCAAUGUACCAACGGACGUCCCAGAAGCAGACGACCUGGCCCAGACCAUGGAAGCACAAUGGAAGGAAGUAGAGUCCGCCCUCCGGCAAUCUAAGCAACAAAUGACAGCUGGAGAGGACGGGAAGCCAACGGAGUUUGAAAUCAGAGAAGAAGUAUGGCUUGACGCCAAAAAUGUGAACUUAAAGACCCUAAGCCCCAAACUAACGGAACAGCGCUUAGGGCCAUUCAAGGUCACCGAGAAAAUCUCCAAUCGUGCCUACAGGCUAGAACUUCCACCAACCAUGCGUAUCCACAACGUGUUCUACGUGGGUCUACUGUCAAAGGUGAAAAGGGAUGACAAACAAACAUUCGAAAGCCAACCGCCUCCAGUCACCGUGGACGGGGAGGAGGAAUAUGAGGUAGAAGGGAUCAUGGACAUGGAAAAAAGGAACGGGCAAUGGUUUUUCAGGGUCAAAUGGAAAGGCUACGGAUCAGAGGAAAAUACCUGGGAACCAAGGGAAAACCUCAAGAACGCCGAAAAAAUCCUGAAAAAAUUCGAAAAGGAAAUGAAGGAAAAGGCCCUCGGCGCUGCCAAGGCCCUUAAAGAGGGGGCAGUGUCGUAG